GCUAUCACAACAGCGUGGAAGGAUCAAAUCAGGAACGACAAUGUAUUUAUCUGUCAUCAUCAUAGCAAUAUUUGCAGCGGUGUUUCCCGCGUCGGUUCGUGGCCAUGGUAUGAUGAUGGACCCAGUGAAUCGCGCGAGUCGUUGGCGCAAAGGUUACGGAGGUCCAAAAGAAUACACUGACAACCAACUGAGCUGCGGUGGUAGAAACGUACAAUGGGGGAAACACAAGGGCAAAUGUGGCGUUUGUGGGGACGAAUAUGGGAUCGCUAACCCCAAGUUCCAUUAUCCCGGGGAGUUCGCAAAAAAUGCGCCGAUUGUGAGAAGCUACCAGGAAGGUCAAAAGAUUGAGGUUAAAAUAAGAAUCACGACAAAUCAUUUGGGUUAUUUCACAUUUCGUCUCGCCCCAUUGGCACAACAGCCCAUCACGCAAAACGAGUUAAACAAGAUCUUGCUGAGAAUGCCCGAUGGAAACGCGGAGUGGAAAUUGCCCCGAGGAAACGGGGUCUACACUAUCACCCUGCAGCUGCCCAAGGGAGUGACAUGUGAUCACUGCGUGAUGCAGUGGUGGUGGAGCACUGGUAAUAAUUGGGUAAACGACAAACCAGAAUCCUUUGUAAAUUGUGCUGAUAUUGCCAUCCUCCCUCAUGGGGGAAAACCCCAACCUACCCGAAACCCCAGGCCAACCCAGCGCCCAAAACCCACCAGAGGACCACCCUCCACAAUGCGACCUCGACCCCCACGCCCUACCAACCCAGCAGGAAAGAAUUGCCAUGCCUUACCUAACAACCCGCGACCAAACAUGGACAACUGGUGUCGUUUAAAUUGCGCUCUUGGUAAUUGUCCAGCAAGUCUUUGUAUAUGUGACUAGAAUGUAGAUCUAACGUCAUCAGAUGCCAGUGAUUAAAAUUAUUAAAUGUGUAUUAAAGAGCAA